UUUGAACUGAUUUGAUUUGAAAAAAAUAAAUCGUCUGAAAUAGUCUGAAUCUCUCAAGGGGGACAGAGAUUUCUAGCGGCAUUGGGGCUUUGAGGGAGAAUGCUGCGCAGGACCGUCUCCUUCCCCAUUGAGGCGGGGCGGCUGCAGCAGCUGGGUCUAUUGGAUUGUGCCUCCCACGGUGUGACAUCAUGCUCGGUGCUCGACCUCCAGUCUCUCCACCGAGGUCACCGGGGUUCACGACAAUGGGAGGAUGAGUGGCAGGGCCGGCACCAGGGGCCUGCCGAGGCUGGCCAAUGGGAGGAUGAGCGGCAGGGCCGGUACCAGGGGCCUGCCGAGGCUGGCCAAUGGGAGGAUGAGCGGCAGGGCCGGUACCGUGGUCCUGCCGAGGCUGGCCAAUGGGAGGAUGACGGUGGGUUAGUGGUCACACCUUCUAAUGGUAGUACCAGGGGACCCAGAUGGAGGGAUUUGUAUACCAGCUCAGACCAGCUAAGGUCAGACUCAGUGGAAGAUGAUAGCUAUGAUUAUGAAGAGGGGAAGCAGAAUGAUGAGUCGGUCAGGCUGUACGUGUCAGAGGAAGAGAGGAUCCUCAACUCUGCAGACCUGAGUUCAGAGGAGAGGCGUGAUGUUCUAGCAGAGUUGGUGUAUUCCCGAAGCAGACUGAAGCAAUUGAACUCAGAGCUGCAGAGAACAGUAGAGGUAGCCGAUGACAACAACACACUGCUACGCACCGAGAACACUGCCCUGCGCAACCAAGUCAAAGGGAUGAAGCAGUCGAUCCAUGAUGCAGAGCAGCUGAUGGACGAGCUGGAGGAGAUCCGGAGCCUAUUGGUUGAGAAAGACGAUGCUACGGGCAAUCUGGAGGCCUACAUCAAACAACUGGAGAAAGAGAAGGAGAUUUUGGAGGACCAGAUCGAAACCAUCGGCAGUGAGAUGUCCCGUAUUAUACCAGACAGAGCCACUGACAAGAAGAAGAUCGUUAACCUCAGCCAGGCUCUACAAGCCUUACAGCUUCGACUCGAGGAGAGCAGACUCGCUUUGGAUCACAGGGAUGAGGUCCUACGUAAGAAGGACUUUGUAGUUGAGCAGCUGGGGCAGUCCCUUACAGAGUACUCCUCCAUUGCACAGGAUCUGAAGGAGAAGAUGAAGGAUCUGCAGAGCCAACUGGCAGAGGCCCUAAUUAAUGGAGGAGAGGGGGGUUACAUGGCGUUAGAUGGAACUCUGUCUGCAGCCACUCAGCGCUCCAUCUCUCUAGCAGAGGAACUGGGUCUACUGCCAUGCAUGAUGGAGGACUCCUCUGAUGAGGUGCAGAGGGAGGAGAAGAUAGAGGAGGAGCAGAGAGUGGAGGAGAGGGUAGAAAGACAGGCGGAUGAGAAGAAAGAGGAGGUGGUUAAGGAGGAGAAACAGAUGCUAGAGGAGAAGAGUGGUGUGUGGUCAGAUAUGGUGAGAGGUGUCCGAGCAGCAGGAGGUUUCACCCUGGGUUUCCUGGUUCCUCUGGGUGUCCUGGUCUCCAUGGUCCCCGGCUGCUACGACCACUGUACAGAACUCGGCUUCACCAACACUUUCUGGUCUACAGCCAGAUUCCUCAUACAGCCAUACUGCAAUGUGCACCACAUAGGCCUCCCCCCGCUGUAAUACACACCAGAGGGAGCUGGUGGGGGGAGCUAUAGGAGGCUUAUUGUAAUGGCUGGAAUGGAAUUAUUAUCUACUUCUCAACCUAUACGCAUAUCUACCUACAUAACUACUAACAUUCACACACACACACUUAAACAUGAAUACACACACACACAAUAAUACAACUCAAACCCUGAUAAUCAACUUUUCCAGGCUGCUAUGCUGCUGUCAACUAGGUGAAAGGUGAAAUAAAACUAAAUAAACUGGAAUACGGCAUCAUACAUGGACAACUAGUUGUAAUUUUAAAUGGAAAAGGUAGAGAAGAUUUUACAAUGUGUAUUUGUUUAUUUGUUAUGCACAUUUUAAAUGGACAUUUUAAAGGUUGGACUCAAUGUUGUUAAUGUUUUGUUAUUUUUUGUCUAAUUUCUGUAUAGUGUUCUGUACAGUACAGAAAUUCACUGCCACGUCAUGGUCUACUCUGUCAUUUAAUUAUUUUAUUCGUAACAUUCUUGAUUUCCCUGGUUUGAAUUCCCAAUAUUAUUUACAUUUAAAUAAAGAGACUUGU